UUCUUUAUGUAUUUUUGCGUUCAUGUGGAAUGGCUGCUCCGGGACUCCGUAGAGAAGCUGGUGGUUUGUUGACAUUUUUCUCCAUCAGCUGAGUGGCCAGAAGUUAGCCGUCGAGUUUCCGAGCAGCUCAGAACAAAUCAACACCUCAGCUUUAUUUUUACCCGCUGACGCUGUCAUUCAGCCGUCACAAACCACAAACGCUUCACUCAUGUUUUACACAACCAGCGGCGCUACACAGAAAACCAAGGGUUACUGCGACCGUUAGCUACAUAUAGCUAGUGUUCGGCUGCAGCUAGCCUGGCUAAGGAAAAGGCUAGCGACGUUAGCCGAUGUGAAGCGAAGACAUGGAGGGGAUACUUUACAAAUGGACGAACUACAUGACAGGAUGGCAGCCUCGCUGGUUCGUCUUAGAGAACGGAGUCAUCUCUUAUUACGACAGCGAGGACGAUGUUGGCAAAGGAAGCAAAGGAUCCAUCAAGAUGUCCGUAUGUGAUAUUAAAGUUCAUCCGACAGAUACAACACGUCUAGAGUUGAUAAUCCCUGGUGAACAGCAUUUCUACGUACGAGCUGUGAACGCUGCAGAGAGGCAGAGGUGGCUCGUGGCUUUGGGGUCAUCCAAAGCUGGGACACUGGACAGUAACAAACACAAAGGUCCAGACUGUCUGAAGACAAAAAUGUCUGAACUCCGCCUGUACUGUGACCUCCUCGUCCAGCAGGUCCAAACAAUCCAAUCACAGUACAGCGCUGACUCAGAGACCGCGCCGACUUCUGAGGCCUCGCUCCUCAGUGCCACAUGUGCCACUUUCAUCAGGACUCUGGAGGAGUGUAUGACCCUGGCCAAUCACAGUUUGACUCCUGACCUCCGACCUCCUGAAAGGAUGAAGCGGUCAAUCAGUCACCCUGGAACAUACAGCUUUGACAGGUGAGUGAAACACGUACACAAACCAUCAUGAA